AUGUUAACUGUGUGUUUUCUUUGUGUUCCCAGUUUUCUCUUUUGGAUUUCAUUCUUGGAUGUCUUUACUAAUUUUUGUUUGUACCUUUUGUUAUUUUAUUAUCAAAAUCUUAUUUUUUUUCUGCCGAAGAUUCUUCAGUGAUCAUCACAGAAAAACACAAAGAAGAGCGCAGUGUCUCUCAGACACUGGUGUACACAGUUUGCCGGGUUCUCUGUGUGAAGCAGCUUCCCUGCUACCUGCAGUCCCAACUCCAUCACAAAUGAUGAUGUGACGGACAGCUGUGUUUCGGUGGUGUUGUGGAGCAGUGGAUGUCCCGGCCGGAGGAGCUGGAGGAGGGCAGGCGGAGGGUCUGAGCUCUGUGUCGGUGUCCAGGAUGGAGACGUGGACCCCCAAUCCCCGAGCCAAACCUUUCAUCCCCCGCCAACAAAGAAGCCUGUACCUCACCUGGAAAUACAAACUGACCAACAAGAGGUCGAUCCGUCGGUUCUGUCAGGCUGGCGCUGUGCUGUUUCUGCUCAUAACAGUCAUAGUCAACAUCAAACUCAUCUUGGACACGAGAAGAGUCGCUAGUGAAGAUGCAGCAGCUCAAGAAUAUGAGGAUGCAAUACCCAACAUGGAGACGCCACGCAGGCCGGCUAAUGGACGCAAGGUCUUGGACAUCGAGGUGUACUCCAGCCGCUCCAAGGUCUACGUGGCAGUGGAUGGCACUACUGUGUUAGAGGAUGAUAUGCGGGAGCAGGGCAGAGGCAUCCACGUGAUAGUCCUCAACCAGGCAACUGGUCACGUGAUGGCCAAGAGGAUAUUUGACACAUACUCUCCCCACGAGGACGAAGCAAUGAUCCUCUUCCUCAACAUGGUGACCCGGGGUCGAGUCCUCAUCUUCACCAUAAAGGAUGAGGGGACGUUCCACCUGAAGGAUGCUGCAAAGAACCUGCUCAAGAAUCUGGGCAGCCAGGUGUCCCUCAACCUGAGCUGGAGGGACAUGUGGACUCUUGUGGUGAAGAAAGGAGGUCAGGUGUAUGGAGAGAAGCAUGCAAAGUCUCCCGCUCUCUCCACUUGGGGGGACCCGGUGCUGCUGAAGACUGAGGUGCAGCUCACCGCCUCUGAAGAGGCAGAGUGCCACUGGGCGGACACCGAGCUGAACAGAAGGAGAAAGCUCUUCUGCAGCAAAGUUGAAGGAUACGGCAGCAUCUGCAGCUGCAAAGACCCGGCACCCAUCGAGUUCAACCCGGACCCUCUGACGAACAACCACGUCUUCAGUGUCCCAGUUGCUGUCAUAGCAGGAAACAGACCCAAUUAUCUCUACAGGAUGCUGAGGUCGCUUCUCUCAGCUCAUGGUGUCAACCCGCAGAUGAUAACCGUCUUCAUCGAUGGAUAUUAUGAGGAGCCAAUGGAUGUUGUCGAGCUGUUUGGACUGAAAGGAGUGCAGCACACACCUAUCAGUAUCAAGAAUGCCAGAGUGUCCCAGCAUUACAAGGCCAGUCUGACUGCAACCUUCAAUCUGCACCCAGAUACAAAUUUUGCCAUCGUCCUAGAAGAAGACCUGGACAUUUCCAUCGACUUCUUCAGUUUUUUGAGUCAAACUAUCCACCUGUUGGAUCAGGACGACAGUCUGUACUGUAUAUCAGCCUGGAAUGACCAGGGGUACGAGCACACAGCAGAGGAUUCGGCCCUACUGUACAGAGUGGAGAGCAUGCCCGGCCUGGGCUGGGUGCUGAAGAAGAGCCUGUACAAGGACGAGCUGGAGCCAAAGUGGCCGACGCCUGAGAAGCUGUGGGACUGGGACAUGUGGAUGCGAAUGCCGGAGCAGAGGAAAGGCAGAGAGUGCAUCAUCCCUGACGUGUCCCGCUCGUACCACUUCGGCAUCAUCGGCCUUAACAUGAACGGAUAUUUCCAUGAGGUUUAUUUCAAGAAACACAAGUUCAACACUGUUCCUAACGUACAGCUGAAGAAUGUAGACAGCUUAAAGAAAGAUGGGUAUGAAGUGGAGAUCCAAAACCUGCUGAAGGAAGCAGAGGUUCUGGACCACACCAAGAAUCCGUGUGAGGACUCGUUCCUGCCGGACUCUGAGGGGAAGACCUACGUCAUGUUCAUCAAGAUGGAAACGGAGACAGACACAUCCACCUGGACUGAGCUUGCCAAGUGCCUCCAUGUCUGGGACCUGGAUGUUCGGGGAUACCACAGAGGCCUGUGGCGACUCUUCAGAAAAAGGAACCACGUCCUCGUCGUGGCUGUGCCGAUAUCUCCAUACUCUGUGAAGAAACCAGCCAACGUCACUCCCAUUCACUUAGAGCCUCCGCCCAAAGAAGAGGGAGCACCGGUGGAGCAGAUCUAAUGUUACACUCGGACACACACUCAAACUUCAGCCAGUCCAGGCCUUAACUCUUCUUCUCCUCUAGCAACAACCACUGAUAAUCCAGCCUGGGAUCCACAAACACGUCUGACUUUUCCCUGAACUUGUGUUCAAGAGGAUACCUGGGAAUUGGAGCCCUUCUUUCACUUUUCUAUUUCACAAAGAGGGAGUGACACCACAAACUGCACUAUUAAAUCCGUCCUACAGCUUCGGGACGGCUUACACUACAACCACUUCUGCUCAGACAGGACUGUCGGCUAAUCCACGGCCUUUAAAAUCUGAGCUGUGAACGGUACAAAUGACACAAACUCACUCACCAGAAUUUACUUUUAGUUUAGCGUGUUUUUUUUUUUUUAACUACUGAGUGCUUUGUCCAUUUUGUACAUACGUUUUAACUUAUGGCUAUUUAUUUUACAUCAGUCAAUCAAACACCAGAUCAGUGUUUUGUUCAGUUUAUUUUUUAAAGAUCCACUUUGAUCUGAAUCAGUGCUUUUUUGAAGAGCCUAACGUUUACAGACAAAGAGAUAAUAAUGUAUAUACAGUACAUGCCUAUAUAUAUUUUUUGAUGAAAAAUGUAAAGGGUCAGCAUAUUUUUCAGCAUUAGAUAUCGAGUUAGAGCGAGAGAGUUGAUAAGAGCCCUGUGGGUUUUCACUAGUAUUGACUGCCUGGGCCGGUUGCUGGAUUGGGUUAAAUGAGAGAAAGUCAAUGGUGGCUGAGAGCGACAGGAUCAAGAGAGUGGUGACAGAUUGAAUGCAAAUCACUCUUCUGUAUGAGAAAGGCAGAAACUCUGAAUACAUUGUGCAUUAUUCUGUGUGCAUCUCCAAGUACAAAAAUGAUGCUUCCAUUUCUUGAUUUUUGUAUUAUUUUCUGUAAUUUGUUUAUAUUUACUUUUUUAUAGACUUAUUGAUUUAAAACCCCAGUAAUGAAGAGAUGACUAUGCGUAGAGUAUUUCAAGUAAUUUGGCCCUAAAAUGUAAAAAAAAAUUGUUGUCAUCAAUUUUUUGAGUCUGAUGCAUUUAUCUUUCAGGUUUGUGACUUUGCAAUAAGUUAAAAAAAAUGCCAGCUCAUAUAUUUUUUUGCAAAAACAGGCGAAAAUAUCAAGUUUAAAAAAAAUCAUAUAUAUUGUAGAUACCUUUUUGAAACUAUUUCAAACAGAAGAUCAAAUAUUUGGGAGGUAUGUAUUUGUUUUUUCCGUUACUCGGGAGGCCACAUAAAGCUGAAUUGCACCUCCACCUAGGAGCAUAAAGCAGACAUGUUUGUGUAAUUCCAAAAAAUUUGACUAAUUUGUAAUUCCUCCUGCUCUCAGGUCAUGAUCACUGAAGAAAAAAAAUGUAGAACAGAUCAUAAAAAUAGUUUUAUGAGACAUGUUUUCACUCACUUGUCUCCUAGGGCUUCCAUAAAAACAGAAAUGAGGCUUUAGUUUGUUUCUCGGCAGUAUUUAAGACAAUUUAAAAACCAUGCCAAGCUCCUUCCAUUUCUAUUUUUACUAACUUGCAACCCACAAAGAAUUCUUCUCUCACAAUACAAGUUAACAAUCCCAACACCCAAAAAACUGAAAGUCCUGUUGCAUUUUUCGGCAUGAGUGUUUUUUUUAUUUGAAAAAGCAAACACAGAAACACAAACCUAUCUCUCCUGCUCAUUAUAUUUAUUUACGCGCACACUAUGUUUCAUUAACCCUGUCAUAUUUAAGUGCAGUGAAUGUGGCUACUCAAUCCAAACCAACUUGUUCUUCAGUGUGCAGACUUUUGUCCUCUCAGCCACCAAAUCAGAAACGCGGUGUCUCUCAACCUUUGAUAGAUUGUACUUUCUUAUAGGGAGAAAACACGCGGUUAAUCUGAGUCUUUUACAUCAGCAGGUUAACUGUCAUUAAAUGGAAAAGACCGGCAGACUAUUAAAUGCUCCUCAUGUACUUAAUAUUGAAGAUAACUGCUGUAAUUAGCCGGGAAAUAGCAGAGGUGCUGACUCAUUUUGGCACAGGUCCUUCAUCUGUGGUUAAGUCCAACCAGUUCAACAUAACUCUUUGAGGUUACACCCUACAGCGAGGCUAAGACUGGAAGUAUGUGCUGCUAUUGUAUUGAGUCCAUUAUUUCAAGACUACAGCUGAAACACUUCAAAAGAACAAGCUCAUAUCUAUAUUUAUGUUUGUGUUUUUAGAUUUGACACAUUAUUUUUGCAGAAUUUGUUUUGAUUUCACUUUUUUAUGUUCCAUUUUAAAACAUGAUUCAUCUUAUCUGGAGAUAACUGACUUUUAACCAUCUCAUAAUUACAAAAUCCAGAUCUUGUAAUUGUAUAAAGACAAAUGAUAACAACACUUAAAGUUUGUUUUUUGCUUUGAAAUGUUUUCCUUGACUUUGAGAUGAAGUACGAAAUGAUUUGAUACUGCUUUCUAUCCCUGCAAUGUUCAUCACUAAGCUGCAGAACCAGUUAUACAUAUCAGUUUAACAUGGAUCAGUUUCUUAGAGUGCAUAAUGACACUGUAACGUAGCCGCAGGCGAACAAAUAGACACUUUCAAUCAGUGUUGUAAGAAGAUAAUUGCAAUCUCUCAAGCAUCUGAAGGUUUUAUUAAUGGAAUUUCUGGAAUUUCAAACUGAUAUUGAGAAAGAAAUGUUCUCCCACCACUCCAAGAUACUGUUGAGGGGGAUUCAUCGACCACCACAGCUGUGUUUAUCAUAUCAUGAUGUUUUCUAAGACUCAUCAUCAUCUUCAUCUUUACUUUAGAGCGACUUCCAGCUGUCGAAACAUUUAACCGACUAUGAAUGAGUUUGUGACGGACGUGCAGCUCGAUUAGUUUUAUUACGUUUUGAUCUGUUGUGUGAAUUUGUGUGUGCAGGAAACCAUCAGACAGAAUGACUUACUAAGCAGCUCAUGUAUUGACUGACUGAACAAGUGUCCACUUUUGUCCUGAAGAUUUCAGUUUGCUUUUCUGAAACAGAAGUAGAAGAAUCCGCCCACUUCAUGGAAGGUCCUUUUUCCAUUCACUCUACAGUGUGCUUCUCUUUGUCUCCACAGCAAUACAUUUAGUUUUAUUUAAAGCUGUGAGAGAUGGUUGUGUGUGUGUGUGUGUGACGAUGAGGAACCAUGGACAUACUGUAAGCCUCGGAUGCAGUUUGACGUGUAUACGAGUUCCUUUAUCUUUUAACAUGGAAAUGAAUAAAGAUGUUUUUUACUGAG